AAUAGCUUUUCGUUUUGAAACGCGUGCGCAACGGUGCACCGAGUGGCCUACACGCCGUUUUAAGUUCUUGUGUCCUUGUGUUGUGGAGCUGUAGACGGUGAGGCGGACAACGGAGAAGCGGCGGCUCGGCAGCCACCUGACCUCCUGGGGAAAUAAGAGCGCAGCUAAUGCCACGCAGGCUAGGAUCCUGACGUGGCUCAUUACUAAGCUCUGUGACAGAGCGGGGCAAGUUCUCCGCGAGGCUGUUGCAUGUCCAGUCUCGACGCAACCAUUUCAGAAGUGAAGUUUGCAGAAUCCAAUUACUGAUAGCCUGUCUAAAUUAUGGUAAGUGCUAAUUAAUUUGUGUCAACUGUACAAUUGAAUUAGUUGUGGACUUAACCGCCCGUCGAAGUUGCCUCUUUCAUUGCUCUAGCCAGCGAAUUGCAAGUAAUAAGCGGAACAUUUGACCGAAGCCAGACCGCAUGGAUAUAACCGGAGUGCACGUCCACCAGCGGUCGUGAUGCCAAGCGCCGGUCUAAUCCCGCGCCGCCAGCCUGUAAUGCCUGCACUCUAACCCGCACCAGUGUGGCGCCGUGUCCCGGUCACACCGCCAGGAUGAGCAGCACCGACCUGGAGCGCAUGUCGCUCAGCUCCUCGGCCAACUCGGUGGCCUCCAGCGCACGGACGUUGUCGGCCAACGUGAGGAAGCUGCACAACGCGCUCAACCUCCUGCUCAACGACUUUGAGAGAGAGCAGUUCAUCCACUGCCUCAACGUCUACCACUCCAAACGCAACGUGUACGACCUGGUUCAGACCCUUAACGUCAUCCUCAACGCGCCCAGCAAGCGGCAACUUCUGCCCAUGCUGCGGUUAGUCAUCCCCCGCUCUGACCAGCUUCUCUUCGAGCAGUACACCUCGGAGGGCCUCUACUUAAAAUCGGAUUCAGUUGCAAGCAACGGCAACGCCGAACCCCCGCCGCCGGGCGACUUCCCAAGCGCCAGCCCUACUCCCCCUGGGCAUUUCUCGCCAAACAACCCGCCCGAUUUCCAGGUGGCGUUGCGUGGCUCGCCGGACAGCUUCAGCACCAGCAGCGAGGGGACAGCUCCGCUGGUGCCGCUGCUCGGGAGGAACUUUGUCCAUGAGCCGCCGGGCGAGAUACGGCAGGUUACCAUGAAGCGACACAAGAGCAACGAGGGUCUGGGCUUCAGCAUCCGCGGCGGCUCGGAGCACGGGGUCGGCAUCUACGUGUCCCUGGUGGAGCCGGGGAGCCUGGCGGAGAAACAGGGUCUCCGAAUCGGUGACCAGAUCAUGAAAGUCAACGACAAAGUCUUCGACAAAGUCACCCAUGCUGAAGCGGUGAAGGUACUGAAAGGCAGUAAAAAACUUUGCCUCUCUGUGCGUUCAGUCGGGCGGAUUCCCGGCGGCUACGUCACCAACCAUGUUUACACCUGGGUUGACCCUCAGGGUCGGAGUGUGUCCCCCCCUCCCGACCUGACUGAGCACCGGAGCGCCACCCUGAGGAGAACCGACAGCCAGCGACGCAGCAACAUGCAGCUACUGCAGGAGGGAGACGAGAAGAAGGUCAAUUUGGUUUUGGAUGACGGUCGGUCUCUGGGUCUGAUGAUCAGGGGGGGUGCAGAAUAUGCUCUGGGUAUUUACAUCACCGGAGUGGACCAGGGCUCAGCAGCAGAAUGUGGAGGACUCAAGUUGCUUCCUGGUCCACCCUUGCCGCCGUGCUCAGUCCCCACCGCCAUGCCUCUGUGUUCCCUCCCCUCCCCGCAGGUCGGUGACCAGAUCUUGGAGGUGAACGGCCGCAGCUUUCUGAGCAUCCCGCACGACGAAGCCGUCAGGGUCCUGAAGUCGUCACGCCACCUGAUGAUGACGGUGAAAGACGUGGGCCGCCUGCCGCACGCCAGGACAGUGGUGGGGGAGACCAAGUGGAUCGCCAGCUCGCAGAUCGGAGAGAGCUCCGCCAACAGCAGCAUGGCAGGCUUCCCAGUGGAAAAAGGAGCCUCGGCAGCAGGAAAGCCUGGGUUUUAUAAAGGCGUGGCGGGGUCACAGGUGACCCUGUCCAGCCUGGUGAACCAGUCGCGGGCCAUGCUGGAGGAGCAGGCGCGCCACUUGCUGACGGAGGCGGAGCGGCAGACCAUGGGCUACUACGUGGAGGAGUACCGGAACGGACACAUCGGUGUGGAGCAGCUGGUGGUGGCGCUGUUCGAGCUGCUCAACACGCACGCAAAGUUCUCUCUGCUGUCAGAGGUGCGAGGUCUGGUCACCCCACAGGACCUGGAGCACUUUGACGGGCUGGUGCUGAGACGUGAAAUUCAGGCUCUAAAAGCGCGACAGGGGACAGCUGGAGCCACGGCGCUCCAACCAGACUCCCUGUCCAUGGUGUCAUACCCAGACACCCUGACCUCGUCUUCAGCCAGCUUCAUGACCAACACCACCCUCAGCUCUGCACGGAACGACAGCGUGGUGGAGAGUAAUGAGGAUCCUCCUCCAGAGAGUCUAAACACGCUGCUGACCGACAUCUCUCUGGACGAUGUACAGUCCGCCACAGCUGAAUCCCCCCCCUCCUUCAAGCCUCCGCCCCCACCGGGGUUGCACAGGCGCCCAACUAGACGAGAUCAGCUCAACAAAUGCCCCUCAUCCGAAUCCUCCCACUCGGGCUUGUACUUCACAGCCCCGGCCUCUCACAACCACAGCAAAGAGCCAGGACACGCCCCCGCCUCGCCCUCACUACACCACAAACAAGAACGUCCCAGGGAACCGUCUCGGGACUACGCGGCCGUCAGAAAGAGAGAUCCCUCGGUACCUUCUAAGAACGAACAAAUAACAGCGGCUCACUUGUCCAUGGUCACACAGCACAGCAUCGGCCCUUUCCCCAGGGUCCAGUCCCCCAGCAGAGGCACUAAACCUGCUGCCCCGUCCCCUUCACCUCCACCUCCACCUCCACUCCCUGCUCCUAACCCGCCCCCUUCUCUUCCUCUUAAACUGAUGUCUAUGUCCAAAGCCUCCCCCUCCUCUCCUGGCUCUAAACAGCGGUUUGUUACGGUGGAGGUUCACAGGCCCAACGCAGAGCCCGACUUCAACGAGGUGCGCCCGCUGCCCCAAGCUCGAGGUGGCGCUCUGUCUCAACUGUCAGACAGCGGCCAGACCCUCAGUGAGGACAGCGGGGUGGACAUAGCUGAGUCAGGACACAUCAGCAAAGACAGAAGCCCACAUUCCUCACGCACACGCCACCCCCGAGACACUCAGGGGGGCGGGGGGGACAACCCCUCCAAACCGCCGGGGCUGUUGGAGCCCACCUCUACACUAGUGAGGGUUGCAAAGAGUGCCAGCACUCUGGGUAUUGCCAUUGAAGGUGGAGCCAACACACGCCAGCCGCUGCCACGAAUUGUCACAAUACAGAGGGGUGGUUCAGCUCAUAACUGCGGCCAGCUGAAGGUGGGACAGGUGAUCCUGGAGGUAAACGGGGUUUCCAUGAGGGGCCGCGAGCACAGGGACGCCGCACGCCUCAUCGCUGAGGCCUUCAAGACCAAAGAGAGGGACCACGUGGACUUCCUGGUCACCGACUUCAACGUGGCUCUAUAGCUGAGCGGAGUGAGGACAGUGACGAGGGCAGCAACGAGAGAAGAAGAGUUGGAGGACGACAUGAGAAGAGGAAAUUCAAGCGUCUAUUGUUUCAAAUGGCACAACUCUUUUGGAUGGACUUAAACGAACCACCAACUGAUUUCUGAGCCCUUCUAAAAAAAGAAACCCACCCUUGAGUCUGGAUACAUGAAACUCAAAUUUACUUCUUCAAGGUAUUACUUCCGCCAUGGACUUUGUUCAGGAUUCUCCUCAACGUGUUACCUUCCCACUGUGAGACAUUAUGCACUAAAAUGGAAUAGUAGUGAAACGUAUACCUUUCCUUUGUCCUCUCCGUGUUAAAACUUGUGGAUUUGAAACCAUUUGAAUCCCCGCUGGAACUUCUCGUAGCACUCCCAUGUCUCAUGGUCAGUCGAUUUUAUUUAGUUUUAUCUUUUCACCUGAGAGACAACUGCACAUCUAAGACUGAUCCGAGCUGGACUUUACAAGCUUGGAUUUGUAAAUGUAAAAAUGAACAAAUGUAGAUACAGAUGCAUAUAUACUGUACACAUAAAGAUACUCCUAUAUGAAUAAUGAAAACCCCUAA